GCUAGUAAUAAAAAAAAUCAAAAACAUAGAAACUUUUGUGUCCAGUAAGUGCCGGUUUCGAAAGCAUUGUGCAAUGGAAGAUGCGUUUAAAUUUAGUAUGCAUUCAGUUUAUUUUUGGCCAAACUUUCUAAUUUUUCGUAUGUAGGCACAUGCCGAGUACGAUGCACAGUGCGUUAGUGCAUUUCGGUGUCUCGGGUUUCUUUAUAGUUAAAAGUCACCGAGUGUUCCAUUUUCUUUUGAUUAUCCAUUCUUUCAAUAGUGAGAAAACAAUAAGAUUAAGAAAUACACAUUCGGUAGUGUUGGGGAAAACUCCCGUUAUUGAGGGCAACUAGGUGGUAUGCUGUGCAGGUCGCAGUACUUUUGUUCCGGUUGUGAGCACUAGUUGUAGGUGUACGGUGUUGUCUGACAUGGCUAAACAGUGAAAAUGAUAAAAAUGUAUAACAAGUGAACUAAACUGUGGCCAGAGGAAACUAUAGCGGAGCUUACGAGGUUUGGAAAAGACCCUCGGACACACAUAACCUUGUUUCCUAGUGUUUUACCAGCCAGCACUUGAGUUUAAGAUCUAAGCUCUCUUCAUCAGUCGCUAAUAGCCAUGGAGGAGGAUACCGAGUACAAGAAACUACCGAUCGAUGAGCGAUGCGUGCAUAAACUGUGGAAAGCUCGCGUCGAUGGUUAUGAGGAAGCGGCCAAACUGUUCCGCACAAUAGAUGACGAAAAAUCGCCCGAAUGGAACAAAUAUCUCGGAUUGGUAAAGAAGUUCGUCACCGACAGCAAUGCCGUGGCCCAGGAGAAGGGCCUCGAGGCGACGUUGGUAUUUGUCGAGAACAGUGGCAAUGCCGGCAAAACUGUCGGCGAAGUCAUGAGCGGAAUCGUUACAAAAUGUAUUGGAGCUCCCAAGGCCAAAACGAAGGAUCUGGCUGGACAGAUCACUCUUAUGUACAUUGAAAUCGAGAAGCAUGAGAUUGUGCUAGAGGAACUGUUGAAAGGAACCGAACAGAAGAAUCCCAAAAUAGUGGCGGCUUGUGUGGUAUCGAUAACACAAGCCUUACGCGAGUUUGGUAACAAAGUUAUCAGCAUUAAGCCGAUCGUCAAGAAACUUCCGACCUUGCUUAGCGAUCGAGACAAGGCAGUACGAGACGAGUCCAAAGCACUGACGAUUGAAAUUUACCGAUGGAUUGGAGCUGCUUUCAAAUCGCAGAUUGCUUCUCUUCCGGCUGUUCUCCUUACAGAACUGGAAGCAGAGUUUGAGAAAGUCAGCGGCGACAAAGCGAUUCCGACGCGAUACCUUCGAUCACAGCAGGAGAAGCAAAUGUUGGCCGCAGUAGCCGCCAGCGGAAGUGGAGAAGUAGAUGACGGCGGUGACGAUAACGAAGCAGACGAGGCCGAAGAGAUUGAUCCUAUGGAUCUGAUCGACCCGGUGGACAUCCUUUCCAAACUACCGAAGGAUUUCUACGAGAAGCUGGAAGCGAAAAAGUGGCAGGAACGAAAGGAAUCCCUUGAAGCAUUGGAAGCUCUACUGCAGAAUCCAAAACUUCAGCCCGGCGACUAUGGUGACGUGGUCCGUGCCCUCAAGAAAAUCAUCAGCAAAGACACCAAUGUCGUUCUGGUGGCACUGGGAGGCAAAUGUUUGGCCAUGCUCGCUAGAGGAUUGGCGAAGAAGUUCAACACUUAUGCUGGGGCAUGCGUCCCAGCGAUCCUCGAAAAGUUUAAGGAAAAGAAAGCUAACGUCGUGACUGCCCUGAGGGAUGCCAUCGACGCCAUCUAUCCCUCCACGACGCUGGAGGCCAUCCAGGAGGACAUUCUGGAGGCACUGGGCAACAAAAAUCCGAAUGUUAAACUGGAGACUGCUUCAUUUUUGGCGCGAGCGUUCACCAAGACCUUACCAACAAUACUCAACAAAAAACUCUUGAAAGCAAUAAUCACUGCACUUCUCAAAACGUUAAACGAACCGGAUCCGGCUGUCCGUGACGCAGCUGCCGAGGCUCUUGGUACAGCUAUGAAACUGGUGGGUGAGAAAGCCAUCGGUCCCCAUUUGACAGAAGUUGAUGCUCUGAAGCUCGCAAAAAUUAAGGAAUGUUGCGAAAAAGCGGUAAUUACUAUUAAGAUACCCGGCCCCAAGAAGGAACGCCCCGCGACCGCACCUCCGAAAACGACCUCGACGACAACAGGUGCCGUCAAAAAGGGAGGUUCCACUGAGCCUAAACCCGUCGCCAGACCAGCGACGGCGGGUGUGAAGAAAGCUGUUCCGGCGAAAAAGGCACCAGGUACUGGCGGUGGAGGAGGUGGGGGUGGAGGAUCUGGUAUAGCUAAAUCCGCCAGCUCCUCAAAGGUACUUCCCACGGAACGUGAUAUGUCUGCUGAAGAAAUCGAUGAGAGGGCUGUUGAAAUACUUCCUGCAGAUGUCGUACAAGGGCUAGCUGACUCAAAUUGGAAGACUCGCCUUGCCGCAGUGGAGUCGCUGACGGGUGUUAUCUCUGAGCUGGACCCGAAAUGUGGUCACUCCCAGGUUAUACUGAGAUUUAUAGCAAAGAAGCCUGGCCUAAAAGAUACGAAUUUCCAAGUUUUGAAAGGCAAGCUUGAAAAUGUGAGGGCUGUGAUUGAAAAACUCGGACUGACAAUCACCACGGCGGAUUACAUUAUGAAUGACAUCACAGAGAAAUUGGGCGAUGUAAAAAACAGUGGACCUGCGGGCCAGGCGUUGACGGCCGUUGCCGAGGCCAUCAAACUGGAAUAUGCCGUGUCCAAAGUGAUGGAGUUUGCGUUUGAACAAAAAUCGCCGAAGGUGCAGCAGGAAGCGUUAACCUGGGUAAACAACGCAAUUAAGGAGUUCGGGUUCCAGGUCAAUCCGAAGCUACUGCUGGAAGACUCGCGAAAGGCGGUUCAAAGUAUCAAUCCGGCUGUCCGAGCGGCUGGAAUAGCUCUCUUAGGAACGAUGUAUCUCUUCAUGGGUAACACGCUGGCUAUGUUCUUCGAGAAUGAGAAACCUGCUUUGAAACAGCAAAUUCAGGCGGAGUUCGAUAAAUGUGCUGGACAGAAGCCACCCGCUCCAACCCGAGGCAUAUCCAAGUGCCCCAGCCGUGGUUCAGUGGAUGAUAACUUGGAAGACGACGCCGAAGCCGACGACCAGCCAGCGGUUAACCUUAACGAUCUCCUACCAAGGGUGGACAUUUCGUCCCAAAUCACCGAGUCUUUGCUAGCUGAGCUGUCCGACAAGAACUGGAAAACCAGAAACGAAGGCUUGGAAAAGUUGAAGGGCAUUGUCAAUGAGGCCAAGCUCAUUAAGCCCAAUCUCGGCGAUUUGCCCCAAGUGAUGGCCCAACGGCUGGUCGACAGCAAUGCGAAGAUUGCCCAGACGUCUGUGGAGAUUUGUCAGAUAAUAGCCAUCGCCAUGGGACCACCUUGCAAGCAAUAUGUGCGAGUGUUUUUCCCUGGGAUUUUGAAGGGCCUAGGAGAUGGCAAAGCAUUCAUCAGAAGUGCAUGCAUUUCCUGCAUCAAUACUUGGGGCGAUCAAGCCGGAUAUAAGGAGUUCUUUGAUGGUGAAAUGAUAGCAGAUGCGCUGAAAACUGGAAGUCCAGCGCUGAAAACUGAACUGUGGGGUUGGAUAGCGGAGAAGUUACCGCCACUACCGACUAAAAGCAUCCAGAAAGACGAGUUGGUUGCAAUGUUGCCCCAUCUGUACGCCAAUAUCUGUGAUAGAAAUGCGGAUGUUCGCAAGAAUGCCAAUGAGGCCGUCCUGGGCAUUAUGAUUCACUUGGGAUACGAUGCCAUGAUGAAGGCCUUGGACAAACAGAAGCCAACCUCGAAGAAGGACAUUCAAGCCGCUCUGGACAAAGCCCGGCCAAAUCUACCGGUCAAACCAUUGCCGAAGAACAAACAACAGGCUCCUAUCGUGGAGGAACCGAAGGUGGUACGCCCCGGAACCGCCAAAGCGCAGAAGGCCGUUCUCGGAGCUUCUGCCAAGGCAAAUCCUCCGGCAGCAUCGCGUAAAAAGGAGGAAGAGGUGGAUAACUCUCCUCUUCUGGCAAUAAACAACAUGAAGAGUCAGCGCUUGUUGGACGAACAGAAAUUGAAGGUUCUCAAGUGGACGUUUACUACUCCCAGAGAAGAAUUUACAGAUCUGUUGAAGGAGCAAAUGACGUCGGCAAAUGUGAACAAAGGGUUGAUUGCGAACAUGUUUCACGAAGAUUUUCGGUACCAUCUGAAGGUGAUCGACGCACUGAUAGAGGAUUUGCCCAAGAACGACAAAGGAUUGAUCUGCAACUUGGAUCUCAUUAUGAAAUGGCUCUCUUUACGGUUCUACGAUACCAAUCCUUCUGUCUUGCUCAAAGGGCUGGACUAUUUGAACCUGGUGUUCGCGAUGUUGAUCGAGAAGCAAUAUGUUCUCGCCGAAAACGAAGGCAGCUCUUUUGUGCCUCAUUUGUUGACAAAGAUAGGCGAUCCAAAAGAUGUGGUACGCAACGGGGUUCGAACUCUUUUACGGCAGAUCUGCUUGGUAUAUCCCUUUGCGAAAGUUUUCGUGUUUGUGAUGGAUGCUCUCAAGUCGAAAAAUGCGCGACAACGUGCGGAAUGCUUGGAUGAACUGGGCUUUCUGAUUGAGACGUACGGUUUGUCGGUUUGUCAACCCACACAACAGGCUGCACUGAAAGAAAUCGCCAAGCACAUCUCGGAUCGUGAUAACUCCGUGCGUAAUGCGGCGUUAAAUGCAGUGGUGCAAGCGUACUUCCUUGCCGGCGAAAAGGUGUACAAACUCAUCGGUCAACUGUCGGAGAAGGAUCUGUCCAUGCUGGACGAACGUAUCAAGCGGUCGAAGAAAACGGCCGUCAAGAAACCAGCAAGCACCAUAGAAAUAGUCAAAGUGUCCUCUGCUACGGAAGUUAACGUUGUGGAGGCUGAAGUUGCCGAAGAGGAAGAGGAACCGGUUCCGGUGGAACAACCUGUGGAAACGUUACCCGCGCGUAAGCGUAGAUCGGUUAUGUUUAACAAUAACAUAAGAACGUUCGACGAUGGCGGCUCGGGACUUGUUGGCAUAUUAGUUUCGUUAAUGGGCAGUGACGAGAGUGAAGUCGCCAACAAAAGACCUCGAGGAGAUCCGGACAUUCCGGAAUGUUCUAAACCACCGGAAGUGAAUCCUCCUAAAGUUAGUGGCCCCUUUAAGCUGGAUGAAAAUGUGAUUGCCGAUAUUGAGUGCAACUGGGUUAAGGCCGAUCAGCAUCGGAAACUUGACUUGCCUCAGAUCGAUGUUUCGUUCAUCUACGACUCGAUCAAGGUGAUUCCAGUGAGGGGCAUUGCAUAUCCAGAUGAUAAGUUCCGGCAACUGUUGGCGCGAAACCUCCACCGGCCGAUGAGUGCCCACUCCCGAGAAUAUGCAAUGAGUCCGCCAUCGCAUCUUCGUUCUCCAGCCUACAGUGGACCGAACAAGCCAAAACCAACUGCAAACUUGGCGGAUGCAUUGCCCAAAUUGGAUCCGAAUCUCCUGAAAACCAUCCGAGGUAUUGGAAGUCCAGACGCCUACACCGCCCACGCAUCUAUCAACGAGUUAUCGGAUAUUCUGGAAUCACAGGAAAAGCAGGCUGUCCUAAGAGAUUACGAGGAAAUCUACAUCCAAAAUAUACUGCAACAAUUCAAGUACCUUCAACAAAAGCCUUUGGUGGAAUCGUUGGCAAUGUAUCAACCAUUGCUGCACAGUAUUUAUUCCUUCUUUGCCUCGAAAACGUUGGGCAAGAAUCUGUCGGUGAACACGAUCAAAAGUAUUAUAGCGGUACUGCUUGGGCUCAUGGCGGACAAUAAACUCGGCGGCAGCGCGGACGAUGCGCAGUUCACCAAGGUCGUCAACGGAAUCUGUCUCAAGAUUUUGGACCGGACUAACUUCACCAAUCUAAACUGCGCAUUGAUACGAUUACUCAAGGAAUCUUGUCAAACAAGUUGCCUACCUAAAUUUACGGAUCUACUUAUGAAAUGUAUCUGGCGGAAUGUUAAGGUUAUUCCUGACCGGCUUCAGGACUUGGACUACGAUUCCGUUUUGCUAGAAGUGCACGAGUUCAUGCUUGCCUUACCGAGCGUAUGGUGGCAGCAACGGCCUUCGGACACUCCCCUACGGACGGUGAAAACAAUCAUCCACAACAUGACGAAAAUCAAGGGCAAUGCCAUCCUGCAGCACUUGAACCGGAUUCCCAGCCACUCAGAACUGAACACUUAUAUCCUUCGAAUACUGAAAAAUCUCAACAAGGAAACAGCCUCAAGUGCGACCAAUCAGCACGCCUCCGCGGUAGCCAAUUCGAAUAGCGAAAACAACAAUACUCAACACCGAAGCGGCAGCCGGCCUGUGCACGAAACUCAUGAAGAAGUGUCCAACAUCUUCAAGCUAAUCUCGAAUACAGACACUAGCCAAGAAGGGUUAGCAAAAUUGCAUGAAUUCAAGUCCAAAAAUCCAGAUGUAGACAUCCUCCCGUUUCUCAAAGGGGCUAGCGUCAGCUUCCAAAAGUACAUCAUCGACGGUUUGGCCGAACUGGAUGCAAAGAAAAAUAGCGUCAAAGAAAGUGAUAAGAAAAUUAUGGCACCGAAUUGUUUGCCACAGUCGACCACCAAUCCCGACUACUGGAUGGAACGUCUGAAUUCGCUCAUGACAAAAACCAGCCAAACGGCGAACCACCAGUCCAGCGCAGUGCACAGUCAAUAUGCCGACAACAAAAUCACAGACGAGAACCUGAAUCUGAACCAGAUGCAGCCGAAAGUGAAUCUACUACGGAAGGAAGCGGUCGGCGGUUUAGGUUCCGGCCUGAGUCCCACCACUGGUACAGGAACCGGCGGUAGUGGUAAUGCGAAUAUCGUUAGUAGUAUCCCGUUGCACCGACGUGAAUUGCUCGCGCAAAAACUAGAACAAAUUAAGCAACAAAAGUGAACAAACUUCGCGUGGGAGAACUGAGUUGAGCUCAGUUUUUAGUUUGAGAACAAUAACUGUAAAAAGGACGAAUGAAGCGUUUUUUGAGGGCGCAUUCCAGCGAAUACAGGAAAAAAGAGGUCGAUGUUCGAUCAAGCUAUUGAAAAUCUCAGUUUUAUAUUGAACAAGUUUAGCCAAUUAUACUCUCAUUGAACAUCGGUGUGAAACGUUACAUUUUUCUUCUUUCCGUUUUUAUCAUUAAAAAAAAAAUGUUCUUCUGACAUUGUUUUUUUUCUAUAUUAGGCUGAACAUGUUUUCCAAAAAGGCCUUAUGACGCAUGAGCAGGAAUAAAAACUCAUAAAAUGUAGUGCGCGACUUCAAAUGUUUAUUUUGUGUAUUUUUUCAGCUAUCUCCUCGUUUUCGCCGUAUAGCUAUUGAAAGGUGAACACAGAACACUGUAACACAGCAAUUACUACUUAUCACUAAAAUACGCCACUAUUUUCCACACAAGUAGCAAAGAUUUACGAAUAUAAUCAGACACUAGUAAACUCGCUUGUAUUACAACACACUUAAACCAUAGGGUCCGGCGAAAUUUCUUCCAUCGAUUGGUUAAAAUUACGUUUUAAAUUGUUAUUAGAAAUGUUCUCCGUUCUCGGCUAAAAUUGCGCGUGCGCUGCUAUUAGCGAGCAGUUAUUGUUCAAAUUAAAUCAUAUUCAGACUGAAACAAAAGCAUACCAUUUCGAAUAGUGUUACUUUUACGAUAUAAUUUGUGACAUGCUUAUCGGUCCAUAAGCCAACUUGUUAGUAUUAUUUGAAUCUCUAAUAAACCACGAACUCCGAAUUAUCCAUUGGAAGGUCUCUCCACGUGGCACGUUUUUGCUGUUGGUAUGAACACUCGUUCGUAUGAUUGAUUUUCUGUUUGAAAUAUUAGGUACUUGUUAAAACAAACACACCUAGUUACGUUGCUGAAAGUCAGUUGAACACUAUCCGUUAAACCAUCACUUGUUCCUAAUUUUAGUGCCGGGUUUUGAUUUGAAUGACUACCGAACUUUAAUAUUUUUAUCUUUUUACGAACCUAUCCAUCCAGUAAGACACGUAUCUGUAAAAAAGCAAACGGGAGAUGGCCACAACUUGUAUUACUCCUACGAAAAAUCGCAAAAGUAAUAAAACUAAAAUAACUGGAAAGUAAACUAGAGGUGUCCUCUCUGUUUCAUGUAUUGAUUACAUGACAUUAAAAUAUAAAAAAAAAACAUCUAGAACACACAGGAGGAUAGCGCAUUGUAAUCUAGUUCUUAACUAUUUGAUCACUUUCAACUUAAACAGCAUAGAAGAAAACAAAGCAGAAAAUGGAUUACAGAUUCAAAUAUAUAUAUUUAUUACUGCAAAACAUUCAUGUUGAAUAUGUAAACUGAUUUAGUAAUGAAAGUAAACAAUAAAAAACCAUCACUAAUAAAA